AUGGAGGAGUCCAAUAUUUCUUCUUCUACGUCUUCUUCAAUCGUUCCGAUCCCGAAGACGAGAGAAAGGAAAGCCAUGAAAGAGGCUAAGAAGAAGAAGAAGCCCGAAAGCUCCACUGGUGUAUCUAGCGAUGUUCCGAUAUCAUCUCUGGGGGCUGCUUUUGUUCAUUUGAUUACUGGAUUGUCUCUGGCCGUCGGAUUCUGGGUGGCCCGGAACAAACUUUCCGUCGAUCUCGUCUCUGAUCCAUCUCUCACUCUGUUUCUCCUCUGGAGUAUCGAGUUUCCGGCUGUGGGAUUAAAGAUGCUGGCUUUUCUCGUUUUGCUUUCUGCUUUGCUUAUCUAUGAAUCGUAUUUUAGAGCUCUUGGGCGAAGCAUAUUAGGACUAAUUUCCGGGGCUUUUAUGAAUACUCUGGGAGCAGUCGCUUUGGGUGCACCUAUUGGAAUGCAAUAUCUACCUAAAACAAUUCACUGGUCCUUUCUAAUGUCUGUUUUCACGUUCGUACCAGCAACUGCAGUUUUUGGUGCAUCAUGGACAGAUUGGCAUCGUGUAUUCGCUUCGAUGAAAACAAGUGGAAAUACAGAAUAUAUGAUCUUGGUUCCAGCAUAUGGAGCAAUUAUUGGAGGAUGGUUUGGAGCCUGGCCUAUGCCACUCGACUGGGAGAGGCCAUGGCAGGAGUGGCCUAUAUGUGUGUGUUAUGGAGCUAUAGGAGGCUACGUAGUUGGACUAAUCAAUGAGUUCCAUUUUGUUUUGACUUUUGACUUGAUUGCUAGAUUGAGAGAGGACAAUAGGGCAGAGUUUUUGUUAGCUUGA